AACGAAGCCGACGAAAUGAAUCCAGGGAAGUGGUAUUACAUCCGUGUUGCAGCUUUCUUACUUAUCACCAGUCUUUGGGUCCUAUCAGUUUUCAUGCACCUUAUCAUGUCCAUAAUAAACGAUGCAGAUAUACAUCUAAGUGAAGACGUUGCCUUAAUUGUGGCUUUUUGUGGUCUUUAUUAUAUGACGAUUAUUUAUGUAAAAAACCAACCAAAAGUGGCUCACCUCCUGCGGGAUUUGUCCAAUUUUCAAAAGUUUGGUAAACCGCCUGGAUUUGAAAAAAAAGAAAAAAUUUUAGGUUUUUGGUCACAAUUAUUCUUCUAUUAUUGUGUCGUAGCUGUAAUGAUUUAUAAUUUAGUUAAGUUACUGCAAAAGCCAGAAUGUGAAAAAAUAAAUGAAGUGAAAGGCUUAAAGGAGAAUUGUGGAUUAUUGACACCAACUUGGAUUCCGUUUGAGAUCAAUUAUUUUCCAGCUUUUCAGUUAACUUUUUUCUAUGUUUUUAUUUCAACACAAAUAUUAAUGAAACUUGCUUUGAUAAUCUCUUUUAAUGCUCUUGAAAUGGCACAUCACAUCAUUCUCAGAAUCGAUCAUUUGAAAAUAAUGAUUAUGGAAUGUUUAGACGAGAAGAGUUACGAAGUGUCAAGACGAAAAUUAAAAACUUGCAUUUUGUAUCAUUUGGAAAUAUUAAGUUUAUCAAAUCGGCUAAACAACUGUUUUUCGAAUGGAAUGUUUGCACAUCUUACAAUUACAGCGGCGAUUUGUGGCUGUUUAGAAAAACAAUUUGUCGAUGGAGAUAACAGCCUGGGGGCGUUAGUGCAUGUUUUAGGCUGGAUUUUGGCAUUGUUUGUGGCUUGUCUUGGAGGUCAACAUUUGAUUAAUGCUAGUCUAACUAUUCCUGAUACCAUUUGGUUCUCUAAAUGGUACGAAGCUGAUGUGCGACUUAGAAAAGACUUAAUAUUUAUGAUGGCCAGGUCACAAGUAGGACUUCACCUUAGCGUUGGAUCGUUUGGUAUUCUCUCAUUUGGCGUCUUUUUUUCGGUGAUAAAAAUGUCGUACUCGAUUCUCGCUAUGUUAACUUCGUAA